UACCAGAACUUUUUCAUUGGUGGAAAACAUUAGCCUGAAAACCCACAAGUGGUGCCAUCUGCGCAAGCCACAUUUCGACACCUAAGGCAGCGUCCGGAGCCCGCGGCCGCUGUAGCAAAGUGUCAGGUGGUCAUCGAAAAGGCGCGCACCGGAACGGGGAAGCGUGUCGUCAUGGAGCGAAACGACGCCGUCAGCAAACUUCCAGCUGACGAGGACGCGACGUCCUUCGAGUGGCUUGACCGGCUCCGGCAAGAGAAGCGACCGCGGCGAAGCAUGCGGCACUGCUACGCCGCCGUCGCCGCCGCGAACAAGCAUCCCGCCGACGAAGCAGCCGGGUCUCCCGCUGCGCCCUGCGCUAACAUGCCAGAUGGCUUGGGAGCAUACCACGGGGAUUCAGCGGAGGAACAAACCCAGCAGGAGAAGCAGAGGAUGCGCGCCGGCAGCGGCCGUCGCCCUGACAUGCUGCUGAGCGGCAUCUUCAGCCCAUCGCCGCAGAUUGUCAGCCUGCCGUGCGGACAGCUCGGCGAGCCAGAGCUACUGGUCACCUGUCCGCAGUCGCGGAGCGUGCCGUUCACGCUCGUGUUGUCAUCGGCCUACGCGCUUGCCCUGCACGUGUGCUUCGCGGCUAGUUCGUGGUGGCUGGUGCAGAAGUACGCGGCAUCCGGCGCUAGCACGGAAGCUAUCGUCACGCUCAUCCUCGCUCAGCUGUCCAGCCUGCCCCUAUUCGUGGUGGGCGUAUGCCGGUUAGUAAGCCGCCAACAGCAGCCUUCUUCGGGAUGUGUGAUCUUGCUCGUCCUUCACGUGCUCGUCGCUGGGCUGUUCAACAUGGUACCUCUUCUGCAGCUUCUGCUGCGGUUUGUGGACUCUGCGAUGCUCUACAAGACACGUGGUCAGCAGGACCGGGCUGUUCUGCUCAAGCGCCAGGACAUCAUCACCUUCACCAACGUCAUGUGGGUGGCGACGCUCAGCUGCUUCCCGCAGGCAGUAUUCCAGGCCACGCAGCUUUUCCAGGCGUCCUUGAAUGAACAGGCCUACACCAACGGCUCGUUCUCGUGGCUGCAGGCUGCCAACUUGGCCAGCGCCGUGCUGCUGACCUGCUUCGCCUGCCUCAAAUACAACAACCGGCACGUUAGGGUCGUCUUCACCUGGCCCACGCAACAGUCGCUGCUCCUGACUACCGCUGAGAACGUCGCCUGGUUGCCACUGAUCGGCUCCCGGGUGCUAGCCUUUGCUAUACUCAUUGCCAAGGCGCUCGAGCCGACGCACGUCUUCGGAAUAUUCUUCGCCCUGAGCCUGCACUUCGAGUUCCGCCGUGAGCGUGCCUCACCGACCAGCCAACCACGCAGCUUCCUGUUCACGGUGACUGCGAACGUGGCUCGUGCCACGGUGGGCAUGUUCUUCAAGUUGCGCAGCUGGCAGGAGCCGCUGGCCGCCAAGCCUUACAUAGUGCUCAUCAUCAUGCUUAUUGUGCAGAGCUUCGGCUGCAUCUUCCUGCCUUUCUUGCAGGAGUACGGCUUGUCGAUGAACAUGGACGCGUUUCGCGCUUAUUACGGGGCGCCCGUGUUCAUUGCUUGCAUCGCGAUUCACUACGCGUUGUUGGUAGUGGGCACCGCAGGCAUAGUCGCCUGGUUCAAACUGGAGCGAUCAAGUUCGUCUGGUUACGGAGCGCUAUGAGUGCCGUUCCACUUUUCCCCGCUGUACGCACUGUCGACAGCGUUCAUGUGGCCGCAAAGCUAUAGCACCGCGUGGAUUUUGAGUUGUAUAGCAUGCGGGAUAUUCUGGUCGCCCGUCAUGUAUACUUUUUGUCUGUUGUCCGCAAGGUGCGAUUUCGUCUCUUUGUUGUCGCAGUAUUCGAAUUGCUGUAUCAUACUAACUAGCAGGUGAGCUUCGUUUACCCAUGAGUAUGAGCUCCUUUGCACUUCUGUUCGCGAUGAGCCAGUCAUGUUGUAACUUAAACGGCUGCGGAGAAUUUCUUUUCCGCGUAAUAAAAAAAUGCACGUUGUUCCAGACCAGUUCUCGUUAUGAAUGACCCGAACAGACGUAACCAUCCAAAAGUUCAAUACUCGUUCCUAGAAGCACAAGACCCCAAAAAUAAAACUGUAAAUAUUAUACUAGUUUAUCUGUUCAUAAAAGAGAUUCUAAAGCCCUA